GGGAAAGGGAGGGGUGUGUGUGUGUGCGUGUGUGCGUGUGUGCGCGACUGCGCAUGUGUGUGUCCAUGCGUGUGCGCGAGCAAUCGAGGGAGGGAGUGCCAACCGCAGGACACUGCAGCAGCCAGCACUUUGAGAGAGAAUCGGCCCUUAGCUCUGUGAAAGGGGCCCCCGUGAAAGAAAAAACAUGGACACAUGGAGACGCUGAGGGCCCCCAGUCCCCCCUGACAGAAACACUGGCAGAACGAACACACACUCACCCUGAGGGACCCUGAAGGCCGGCGUCGUGAACACCAUGGUGGCCGAGGAGGUUAUCAUCGCCCUGUCCGGAGGAGCGCCAUGGGGCUUUCGACUGCAGGGAGGCAUGGAGCACCAGAAGCCCCUUCAGGUGGCCAAGGUGCGGAAGCGGAGCAAGGCGUGCCGAGCGGGUCUCCGGGAGGGGGACGAGCUGGUGUCGAUCAACGAGAGCACGUGCGGUGGCCUCUCCCACGCCCAGGCGAUGGCCAUCGUCGACGGCUCCCCCGGCACUUUACACAUACGAGUCAAGAGGACUCCGGCAGGUUUCCAGUCAGUGGUCCUGCUGCCCCGCGCCCCGUCGCCCCGCAUCGAUAAAGAGUACCGCGCCACCCUGCGAGCCAUGUCACCCCCUGGCGCCAGCCGAUCCCAGCAGGCGUCCGUGCGGCAGGUCCACCGGGGCGCCUUCUUGUCCCCCACCGGUACCACCGGCACGAGCCGCAGCGGCCUGACCUCCCCGCCGGGCAGCGAGGCCUACUACGGCGAGACGGACAGCGAUGCCGACGUGGUGGCCCAGGAGCGGCAAAGGCGCCAGAAGCGCAGCAGCCCCAGGAUCAGCUGCCCGGGCAAGGCCGGCCGCGCGUCCCCCGAGGGAGGCGAGACCUCCGAGAUGAGCGGCUACGACAGCGCCCCGGACCCGUCCUUCUGCGGGCUGGAGAUGCUGCCGGGUGUGGCUCGCCGGGAGGUCAUCUUCCAGCCGCCUCCGCCCUGCACCUGGUCCUCGCAGACCUCCACGGAGACGUCGUCCAUGAGCGCGGACGACCAGAGCCCCAGAGAGGACAGCGGCUUCCAGGAACUGUCCGCCGUGCCCCUGGUAUCCCCGGAGAGGGCCAAGGGGGCCAUGAUGCUGAGCUCCCACAGGCAGCUGGUGCCCAUGGUUGGGCCUGUGGACAUGCCCCGAGAUGAAGAACUCACCGUCACCUACAUGGACAAGGCCAAGCAAGCCAAGCUGAACCGUGGGGAUAACGUCCAGGACAAGCAGGUGAAGGAGGCACGUGUUAAGUGCCGCACCAUCGCCUCGUUGCUCACAGACGCCCCGAACCCCCACUCCAGAGGUGUGCUGAUGUUCAAGAAGCGCCGGCAGCGUUCCAAGAAGUACACCCUCACCAGCUUCGGGAGCGUGGAUGAGGACUUGCGCCAGGACUCGCAGGAAGAAGAAGACGGCAUGUUCCCGGGCAGCGAGUCUGAGUUUGAUGAGGACGGUUUCUCCGCUGCGCCGGAUCCUACCUGGGACAGUGACUACCUGGACAUGUUGGAGAAGCGCUCGGCGGGCGUGGCGGCCCAUGCGGAGGACGCCCAGAGCGCGGGGCUCACCGGCACCUCCGGCAAAGGGGCUCAGCUGUUUGAGCAACAGCGGAAGAGAGGGGAAGAACACGCUAAGAAAGCAGCUAUUGCACAGGCCCAGACACAGGUACAAGCACAGCCUUCACCACAGCUACAAGCACAGCCUUCACCACAGCUACAAGCACAGCCUUCACCACAGCUACAAGGACAGCCUUCACCACAGCUACAAGGACAGAUGCAGAUGCAGAUGCAAAGCCUGAUGCAACCGGAGCUGCAGACCCAAACCGUGCACAGUCUGACUCAGCCAGCUCACCAACCACAACCACAGAUAUCCCACAUGCAGGUCCAGCCUUCCCCCCAGCCCCCGCCAGUGGCUCCCAAACCCCAACAGUACCCAAGAGAGGCCCCCCCACCCCAACAGUACCCAAGAGAGGCCCCCCCACCCCAACAGUACCCAAGAGAGGCCGCCCCACUGCCACAGAAGCCCCCUACUCUGCCUCCUGCUCCCGUCGUGGAUGCUCAGUCCCUUCCGAUGAUGACUAACGGACUAACGGCCCCACAGGGCUAUGUCAUGUCGUUAGCCCCAGAGGUGGCUGUAGCCCCAGCUGUAACUCUCCCUGCAGGGCCUGCAGUGUCCACUCUAACCGCUCCAACUCCCACUCCACUUCCAGAGAUUCCCUCAAGCUCAGUUCUGAACCGGACGGCUCGGCCAUUCGCUCCAGGUUUCAUCAGCAACCGCGCUGCCACCGCCCCGGUCGUCUUCCGCCCCGCUGUGGCUAAGAGGGCCCCCCGGCCCGUCUCCGUGGCUGUGGUACAGCAUCCCUUCUCUGCAGGUGAUGAAAGGAAUAUAAGUGCAAUCUCUUUCUCAACCUCUAUGUCUGCUCCUUUUCUCGCCCCGGCUCCCUCGGUUGUUGCCCCUGCACCAGCCCCUGUUCCAGCUGUGGUUCCCAGUGCUGCCAGUGUGCCACUAGGACCCAUGAAUCCUCCAGUCUAUGUCGUUCCUGCUGUACCUAUCCCCGCCCCUGUACCUACAUUUGCCCCUGCCCCUGUACCUAUGUCUGCCCCUGCCCCUAUGUCUGCCCCUGUACCUAUCUUGGCUCCUGCACCCAUACCAGCUUCCCCUCAGCUGGCCAGGACCUCCUCAUCAAUGGAGAACAUUCAGGUCCCUGCUCCGCCGGUCCCGAUGGAACCAUUAGCACCAGUGGCGGCAGUAACUAUGGCAACGCACGUAGCGCCUCCGGCCCCUGCUCCCGUUCCGGUUCCCGCUCCAGCACCUGCACCAGUUGCUGCUGCUGCCACUAGCUUUGACCUCCCAGUCCCCACACCGACUGCAGCGAUGCACCAGUCCAGACUGAGGGCCACUACGGCCGGGGGACGCAGCGGCUUCCUGGAGGAGGCCCGUCGGCGUAGCGCCGGCCGACGCAUGUUCCACAAGCCAGAGGACAAGAAGAACUCGCCCAACCCGACGCUACUCUCCAUGGUGCAGAACCUGGACGACCGACCCAGGCACAGAUACUCCGAUCCCGUGUCGUACGACUAUGAUUACGGGGAAGAAGACACAGACGAGGCCCGGGGGAAAGUCCCUCCGCCGGUGGCCCCGAAGCCACGCAUCAUCCCCGAAGUCACCCACAUCCCCCAAGCAGAGGGACGGGGGGCUGAGCUCUUCGCCCGCAGGCAGAGCCGGAUGGACCAGUACGUGGUGGACUCGCCAGUCUCGCCCACCUACCCACCGCAGCAGGCUCCCCAGCUGUACGGGUCGAACGCACGAGACCAGUCACCUACUCAGUCUCUUCCUCCACAGUGGAAAUAUUCUCCCAACGUCCGCGCUCCUCCGCCCAUUGGCUACAACCCCUUACACGGGCCCAUGUUUCCCCAUGGGGCCUCAGCGUGACAACGCCAGGAUGCCCCCGGAUGCCCUGAGGGGGGCCCGGGGGGGUUACGGAGCUCAGAAGGAAGGAAUCCAAGCCCUGGACUUCCUGAGGAGACAGCCAUACCAGCUCAACUCGGCCAUGUUCGGAGGAAGCUCCGCCCCCAUGCAGCAGGCCACCAACCAGUACCAG